CCGUGCGUGACGUAAUCAACAUGACUUACAUUGGAAAUGGAACUCCAAAACAAGAUGGCUCCAUCUCCAGCACCCUCCGAAAUUGAUGUGUUUUCUGGACCACAUAGCCGCAUGAAAAGACUUGUCCAGUUGUAUUCAGAAAAGUUAUCAGAAGUCGAUCUUUCAAGCUGUUCUGACCUCCGUUCAUUGCUAUGGAGUUUGAAGGCAACUUUCUCUGAGUUUAAAACUCAUGAACACAUUGAGAAUGAAUGCAUUAUGUGGAGACUGAAGAACAGAUUACAAUUUCUCAAGGUUGAGAUAUCAGCUGUGUCUGAGGUUCAUUCUGAUAACAAGCUUAGUGAGAUGGUGGAACUAGUUGAAAAUGCCUGCUGUCAAGCUGAGAAGUGCAAUUUCUCCAGGCAAGCAGCCCAGAUUGGCCAAAACCUUAUCUCGGCUCUCCGUAAUUUCACAGAGGAUUUCUUGCCCCACAUGCAAGAGGAGGAAGAGAUUUUCCAGCCUCUAUUAAUGGAAUAUUUCAGCUACAGUGAGCUUAAAGAAAUUAAAUCUGAUGUGAUUGACAGACACCAGAAACUCACCAAGUACUGCCCAGAGGAAAAGAAAGAGUUAGAAGAUAAUACGGUUCCAAGUGACGCCUCUGAAAAGGAGCAAGUAUUAAAUGAAGAGAUAGAGGAGGAUAACACAUUGAGUAAGAUCCAAGGUCUUCCUGCUGAAUUGCUGCUACAGAUCUUUUCUCACCUUAACCCAUUGGAUUUGAGUCAAUGUAGCAUGGUGUGUACCCGAUGGGCAGGAGUAGCAAGAGAUCCAUCUAUCUGGAAGCAUCUAUAUCCAUCACGCUGGGCUAAAGGUGACUGGCAGUUUGGUGCAUCAAUUCACCUCUCUGAAGAUAAUGACUGUCAAUCCUUUCAUGAAGAAGAUGUUUACGUUGUCAUUGAUGAGGAUGCUGAUUUUGAUGAAUCUGCUUCAUCAGCAAUUGAAAGUGACGCUAGUAAUGCCAGCAUGAUCAGCUACAGAGCAGAAUGCAUCAGACGGGAGGCUCGCAUGUUGGUUGCUAUGGCAAAAUAUCUGAUACCUCAUGUUGGAGCUGGUGUGGAGACGAUUAUUCUGUCUAAUAGCAAAGGAGUUACUAAUGGCUUGGUUUACAAGUUACUUGUCCAGUGUCCUAACCUGAAAUAUCUCGAUUUGUCUGAAACCAAGAUAUCUGACAUUGCUUUCAAAGGGCUUGGAAGGAAUGGUGUAGGUAGCAAACUAAAGCACCUGGAUAUCUCUGGUUGUGUAAACAUCACAGACACAACCCUCAAGAGGUUAUCAUCUAUUAGACAAGCUCUACUAACUAUGCCAGAUAAUCAGAUCAUCGACAGUCCCAAAGCUGAUUGUCAGCAUGGUAUUAGUGACAAAAAUGGCCGACCGCUGAAUGUAGAUGGUGCCCAUGAUCAAAGAGAUCAGGGAUGUUGCUCAAUUAGGCACUGUGAUGCACAAAAUGAUACAGACAUUGUAAGCAGAAUGCCGCCAGAGACAUGUGACAGUGGUUGUCAUUUGAAGAGCGAUGUGAUACACUCUCAGAGACUAUCUGUAGAUUCUGCUCCAAGGACUAAGAGCCGCCAUGUUGGCAGGCAUGAUAGGAGCAGUGAUAGAGAGGGAGAACAUAGCGAUGGUGGAGGAAAGCUAUCAAGACAGCUUGAAUUCUUGAGUCUAUCAGGAUGUUACAGAAUCACAGAUGAUGGACUAAGAUCACUAUCUCAAGGAGGAAACUGGCCUAAUCUCAACCAUCUUGAUCUAUCUGGAUGUCUUAAUGUCACUGGAGCUGGUUUAUCUGUAUUGGUUAGUGUUUGCCCAACCCUCAAUCAUGAGACCUUUUACUAUUGUGAUAACAUUGAAGAAGGACCAUAUGCUGAUACAGCAAGUGGCUGCCAGAAUCUUCAAUGUGGUAACAGGGUAUGUUGUCGUCUUGGGGAAUAGACAAUAUCUCCUUAACAUUCAAAGCUCACCAACAUUUUCUAUAGUUUAAUUCACAUCAUUUAUUGAUUGAUUUAGUUCUGAAUAUAAACAAUCCUUCAAGGAAUUAUACAAUGUACAAGAACAGAAAAUCACUGGAGCCACAAUAAAGGCAUUCCUUGUGUGCCAUGGCAGUCAAUGACGGUUUAGAUAGUAUUCUGUUCAGAUAUAGUGCUAAUAAACAUGCGUUUAAUAUAUGCUUUAAUUCUAAAAGAUGAUCCAAAUUGGCGCAAACAAAUCUCUGUCUUGACAUCAUAAUGAUUUGAAUAUGACACAAGCUUUUUAAUAAUUUAAUGGCCUUAACGACAAAGCAAAAGUUACUUGCCACUGCAACAUGUUUUUAUCACCUGAUAUUGACUUGUAAACAUUGUUGUUGAGCUUUUAACCCAAGUCUCAAUGAGCCGUAAUGAUUUCAUCAGAAUGUCCUUUCUAUCUGUCACAUCUUUUCUCUGUUUGUUGUAUGAUAAUAUAGACCUGUAAAAGUUUAUUAACCAUCAAGCAGCUUUUAGCAACAGAAACACUCUUGUGAAACCACAAGUUCUGAAAUUGCUUUAGUUUGACUAAGAAAUAUUAAAAAUAUUUUUUUACAUUGGAAUGAAACCAAAUCUAUACAGGAUUGUGGUAUAUGGGAAAUAUUGCAUUAUCAAAUGCUGGUACUGCAUAUGAAUUACUUCAGUAUUGAAAUAUAAAUUACAUGAAAGAAGCCAAUUUGCACUGUAUGUUAUUAAAGAUCAUUCAUUGUCCUGUCAAUGCCUCAAGGCCUCUCUGAUUAAUGCACCUUAACUUUAAAAUGGGUUUACAUAGGCAUUAUUUACAUUUAAAAUCAUGUAUGUACUUUUGUAUCUAAAUAACUUUCAGUUUUUCAUAGUGAAUUUAAAAAGGCCUAUAUAGUGUUUCAUUAACAUGUUUGCACGACUUUACAAAUGACAAAAGACGUGUUCUUUGUGAUGAAAUAAAUCUUCAUUCCAUUAUCUAAAGUUGGAAUAUGAUCUUUGUAGCUCCAAAUAUGUGUUGCUAAUAAACAUCAGAAUGCAAACUAUAAUAAUUGUCAACUUUUGGUUAGGGUUUAAUACAGGAAUGCUCUUCCACUGGGUAAAAAUCAGGAAAAUCUCUGUAAGGAUGGGGAAUGAUCUCUAGUUGAGACAUGUGUAACUCACAAAAAGCUUUAUUAAACACCACCUUGUUAUUAAUCUGAUGUAUACUACAUGUAUAAGAUCUAAAUGUAGAUGUGGUAUAUCUGUCUUUGCUGCUGUAAUUUCUGCAUUUUAUUAUCAGUACAUUUUUAAAAUAUUGACUUGAUUUUAUAUGGAUCUACACUCUCUUCAGCGAUAAGGAUAAAAAAAUUCAUGCUACUUAUUGACACCGAAGGGUUCUGUAAAGUCAAUUUAAAAUGAAAAUGUGAUUUGUCAGAUUUAAUAUUUUGUUUGAUUGAACAUGCACUAAGAAUUUAUUUUUUUUACAGUGAUUUUUCCAGUGAGCAAUAGAUGCAAGUUUAGGAUUCAGCGUGUUUAAUGGAGGUUUUAGUUUGGUCUAUUAAUUGGCCCAGCAUUACAUGCACACAGUUACAUCGGAGUUAUCACUAGGAGCCUGGAAACUUAAUGGCAAUAAUAUGUUUUGCUACUGAGCCCUACUACCAUGGUAGUUACAACUAAGCUAUCACCAUUUUAAGUCUUAAAUGAAAUUGGUCCGGGGGGAGGGGCCACUUACAUUGACAAGUGGAUACCAUGCCCGACCAAAAAAAUCACAUAAAAAGGAUGUCUUUUUCAAGAUAGGGUACAUUAAGUACGUACAUAAGGGUGUCAAAAUACUAAAAUAAUGAAAAAAGGGUAUCUAUUUCACUAGGAAAGCUAUGUGUUAAGGGUCAAAUUUAUGAGGGUAAAAAGACUAAAAAUAAAGGAUGUACUUUUUGACCCAACAGUCAACACUAUACAUGCUUAGAGUCCGACUUGCACCCUUUAUUCAGAUACAAGGAUUGCAUAAAGAAGUGUGCAUUAUAUUAAGCAGCUAGGAAAAAAAGUUUUUACUUGUUUAAUUUUACAUCAAAUUACUUAUGCAGCUGGUGUAUGCUUACUUUAAUGAUAUCUUGUAAUCAUAAGUGUUUUGUUGUGAGUAAUUGUAAAGAUGUUCAUAUAUAUGUUUGUUUGUUGAAUUUGUAUACAACAUUAUAUUAAUCAACAAAAGUUCUGUCAUAUUUGAACCAAGUAACUAAAGAAGCUUCAUAUACAUUUAAGUUGUGAAGAUUAGAUGUAGGCUUGCUUCUUCUCUAUGUAUAUCCUUUCCAGAGUAUUACUGUUUGACUGAUGGGGUUUCAUUUUGUAUUACAAUUGUUUUCCCUCAUAAAUAGUAAUGUCUAUAUUUAGAUGUACACAUAUUCUCAAAUAAUGGGGGGGGGGGUUCAGGUGAAGCAUUAACAUCUGCUAUUAG